GUAAGAAGAAAAUGGUGCGUGUCCCAAACUGUUCCCUCUCCAGCGAUCAUUUGCCAUUGUCAUCUGAGAUCUUUCAAGUCAUCAAGGGCCAGAUCUGGAUCUUCUUGAUCCCAGUGUUCCUGGGCCUUGUGCAGGUCGGCUUCUUCUUGGAGCAGAUAGGCUUUUUUGUACGCCGCAAAAUCAGCUCCCACCGCACAUGCCUCUCGCUCUGGAUCCUAGGGGUGUAUCCGAUGUUCAGCCUGACUUCUCUCAUCGCACUGUUCAUCCCUCGAGCUUCAUUUGUCUGUAACUUUGUAGCUUCCAUCUACCACUCCAUCACCCUUUGGAAAUUCCUUGCAUUGAUCCAAGAUUUCUUUGGUGGCUCAGACCGAAUGCUUCAACAACUAGCAGGGCAACGUGUUUCUCCAAACCCUUUCCCCUGCUGCUGCUGCUGCUGCCUUCCUGAAAUUGCGGCCAACCGAACAAACUUGCGGUGUAUGACACUGGCUGUAUACCAACUUUCUCUCAUCCGGACCAUCCUCUUUUUUGUUACCCUAAUCCUUUGGACUGACGAGAAAUACGACUAUGGUGAUGUGGGCUACACCAACCCCAACUCCUAUAUCAAUGUCAUCAUUGGCAUCUCCACCUUCCUCUCCUUCUAUGGCUAUCUGCUCUUCUACAAGGCCACGAAGCCAGCUCUCAGUGGCUACAGCCUGCGCUCCAAAUUUGUCUGCAUUGUGGUGGUGUUGGUCCUCUGUGGUCUGCAGAGCGGGAUCCUGGAGACAAUGGGGGCUGUGGGUGCCAUACCAUGCAGCCCACCUCUCUCACCUGUUAGCCGCUCUCAAGUGAUCUACUACCAUUCGCUGGCUAUCGAGAUGUUCUUAAUUGGCAUAUUUGCUCGUUAUUCUUUCCGAAGAGCUGAACCACAACCAGAUGCCCAGCGGGUCACACGCCAUCAAGGCUCUCAAACCGAGGGGGCCCUCUCGAGGAAGAGAAAUCCUACAGAUGAUACCUCCACGGAAGGAACAAACCCUACCUAUCUCUCUGAUGAAACCAUCUGUACAAUUGAGCAUUCCCCGCUGGACAGGUUAGAUUUCAUGGUGGGUGAACUUGUGAACACGCAACCGGAAAGAGGGGGACUGAGCAGCCCGUGCACAGGGGCUCUGGCAGCAGAGGGACUUACAACAACCUUGCCACUUCAAAAAUCUGGGGUUAAAUUGCCUUCCACUAGAAUCCAAAUCCAAGCCCAGGUGAGCAAUGCGGAUACCGAUGGAGUCACUGUUGUAUAAAAUGUAUGCUACAGAUUUCAGUUCUUCCUUUGGGACCAGCCCAGCGGUGACUAAGGACACAAAACAAGCUCUGCUGAUGUGACGAGCCCAC